AUGACAUUGACCAGCAUUGCUUUUAAUCGGCGCAACGAGAGAGGGGGCCAUGUCCCGUUGGCAGUGUUGCCACUCCUGCAUCCGGUUGCAGAUUGUCCAGCUUUCAGGCAUGGUCGGCAAACUUACUUUCCUCGCAAGCUCCAAUUCUUCCAUGACUGCCUGGAGAGUGUUGCAGCCCCUCAAGGACGCCAGUUGAUGGUCUGUUGGCCACAGACCCCCUUGGAGUUGAGAAUAUUUUCUUCCCUCUGCUCUAUUGAAACGUAUGCGACAACCCGGAAGGGUGCGCGCAGUGGCUGA